AUGAGUGAAGGUCGUGGGAGUAAAAGUAGACAGUUGUCUAUAUUGGGGUGCGAGAUGGGUGACAAGUACAAACCGUACAAGUCUGAGUUGAAGCAGAAGGGGACAAGAACCAAAAAAUGUGAUUGUCCGUACAGGCUCAAGGCGAGACGCACAUCAGAAGAUGGUUUGUGGAGGUUGACUGUAGUACGUGGAGACCACAACCAUGAGCCAGCCGGGACUCUACUUGGCCAUGCCUAUGUCGGUCGCCUUACAAGUGAAGAAAGGGAGAUGGUGGGUAAAAUGGUUGACAAUAAAGUCAAGCUAGGUAAUAUGCUGCUGGCGCUGAAGAAUGCCAAUCCUCAAAAUCUGACUACCAUACAACAAGUGUACAAUGAGCGGAUGACACACAUUAGGGCCAAGAUGGGAGCUUUGACACAGAUCCAGCACUUGAUGAGGUUGUUGGAUGAAGACAAGUACACGCACUGGUCCAGAUCUGAAGAGGGUUCCACUGUGAUCCGCUCCUUAUUAUGGGCACAUCCUGAUUCCAUCCAGUUGUUCAACCAAUUUCCUAUUGUUGUCUUGCUUGAUAGCACGUACAAGACCAACAAGUAUAGGACAUGGUUGGUAUGA